AUGGUGGCCACCGAGGGGCUGCGGGAGAUGGAGGGCAGCGCGCUGCGGCGGCUGGUGUGCCGCGACGAGGCCGGCGCCGGCGGCCCCGGGCGGUGCCUGGUGCUGGACUGCCGCCCCUUCCUGGCGCACAGCGCCGGGCACAUCCGCGGGGCGCUCAACGUGCGCUGCAACACGAUCGUGCGGCGGCGGGCCAAGGGGGCCGUCAGCCUGGAGCAGAUCCUGCCGGCCGAGGGCGAGGUGCGGGCGCGGCUGCGCGCCGGGCUGUACGCCGCCGUGGUGGUGUACGACGAGCGCAGCCCACGCGCGGAGGCCCUGCGCGAGGACAGCACCGUGGCGCUGGUGGUGCGCGCGCUCCGCCGCGACACGGCGCGCGCCGACAUCCGCCUCCUGGCAGGGGGUUAUGAGCGUUUCUCCUCGGAGUACCCUGAAUUCUGCGCAAAAACCAAGUCCCUGAGCAAUGUGUCACCCCCCACCAGCGCCGAGCCCCUGGAUUUGGGCUAUAGUUCCUGUGGGACCCCUCUUCAUGACCAGGGCGGCCCUGUGGAAAUCCUUCCCUUCCUCUACCUUGGCAGCGCCUACCACGCUGCCCGGCGGGACAUGCUUGAUGCACUGGGCAUCACAGCCCUGCUGAACGUCUCCUCAGACUGCCCCAACCACUUUGAGGGGCACUACCAGUACAAGUGUAUCCCCGUGGAGGAUAACCACAAAGCUGACAUCAGCUCCUGGUUCAUGGAGGCGAUCGAGUACAUCGACUCGGUGAAGGAGUGUUGCGGCCGGGUCCUAGUCCACUGCCAGGCUGGCAUCUCCCGCUCAGCCACCAUCUGCUUGGCUUACCUGAUGAUGAAGAAGCGUGUCAAGCUGGAGGAGGCCUUCGAGUUCGUCAAGCAGCGCCGGAGCAUCAUCUCCCCUAACUUCAGCUUCAUGGGGCAGCUGCUGCAGUUUGAGUCGCAGGUGCUGGCCACCUCAUGCGCAGUGGAAGCUGUCAGCCCCUCGGGGACACUGCGGGAGCGGGGCAAGACCACCUCCACCCCCACCUCCCAGUUUGUCUUCAGCUUCCCAGUCUCUGUCAGUGUCCAUGCCACCCCCAGCAGCCUCCCGUACCUGCACAGCCCCAUCACCACAUCACCCAGCUGUUAGCUCAGGGGCCGAGGCCAGCCAGGCAGAUAGUGCCAGGCGUGGAGGGGGCAGGUGGGCAUGGAGCCCCGUGAUGUUAAGCAAUAGUGCCGGACACUGCCGUUCACCCUGGACUCAACGUCUUUUUCGUAGAGAAAUUUCUUACCUCAUUUUGGUUUUUUUGCUUUUUAAUUUUAUGUUCUGAAAGCACGAAAGUUGUAAAAGCCACAAACCCUGACAUUGUCCAGGCUCUUCGGGGGAGGGAAAAAGUAGUAUACUGGGUUUCCUCAAGUGCCUGGUCUUCAUCUCUUUCCAUCCCUAUUUUAUUGCCUUUUUUAAAAAAAGGAUACACCUCCCCUUCUCCCUGUAUUUCUGCCCCUAGCUCAUCUGGGUUGAAAAGGGAGCAUACCCUCUUUUUAUUGUGCAGCAGUCUUCCCCCUUGCACAAAUCAGCACAGGGUGUGUGUGGUGGGGGCUGCUUACCUGAGCCAGUUACACUGGGUGACAAGCAGAGCUGCAGGCAGGACCUUGGGGCAAGCAGGAGCGGUGCUGGCACAGGGCUGCCUGCAGUCAGCCUCACCCCUGCCAGUGCCUGGGGAGGCGAUGCUGCAGCUUUUGGUCCGAGCCUAGAAAAUGCCUCAUCUUCAACCCACCUGGAGCCUUCUUUCCCACCCUGACUCUCUCCUGCCCCCCAGUCCAAUCCAACACACAAGAUGCCUGUGUGGCUGAUGUACAUAUGUAUGGUUUCGUUCUUUUUUUUUUAGAAAUUAACUUUUUAUUUAUUGCCCAAGGGAGGGAGAAAAAUUGUUUGGAGAAAAUAAAAAUAAAACAGUUUUCAUCAGUUGUGGCUGGUGCAGGUUUGUCUUAAGACCAACACAGAACAGCAGUUUGUGCAAACA